AGAAAAGGAAAUCAAUCAAAUCGUCGUCGAACGUCGUCGGAGUAAGGGUCCGACAAAUUAUAAUACCUUAUGUUUUUUUUUUGUCUCUUUGUCUCUUUUCCCCCCUUCCCUUCCCUUUUCGAGACUUCCCCUCUCGAGAUUUCAGUAGGUCACAACAAAUUCCGGUACGAAGGAGGUCACAACAUAGAGCAAACGUACAGAGUAUCGGGCCCUACGAUCAACGAUCAACGAUCAACGAUCUGGGACUCACCCGACUCACCGCCCGAGUCCCCUGCGCUGAUGCAGUCCAGACUCCGCAUACUCCGUACUCCGUACUACGUACUCCGGUAGCCAGGAUUUCGGUUGGGCCUGGCUGGAUCCGAAUGAGGA